AUGGAACCUGUUAAGAAGCAUCUAGGCUACCUCAUUUCCAGCACACAACAUGUGAGGGAUAUGAGAAGAAAAAUGGGGGAAUUGGAUGCUCUAAGACAAGCCGAAGAAGACCACUUGGACAUGAACAUAAGAACUUGUCUUGAGGUUUCAUGUCAAAUUAGGAACUGGUUGGAAGAAGUGCAAAAGAUCGAUGCAAAAGUAAAAACCGUUCCUAGUGAUGUCGGUACUUGUUGCAGUCUCAAGAGUAGACACACAGUCGGAAGAGAAACCUUCAAACUAAUUGAGGAGAUUGAAAGUGCCACAAGAAAACACUCUUUGAUCACGUGGACUGAUCAACCCAUUCCUUUGGGAAAAGUUGAUACCAUGAAGGCAACCACCUCCACACCAUCAAGUGAUCAUGAUGACUUUCAGUCAAGAGAAAAAACUUUUACUCAAGCACUGAAAGCACUUGAACCAAACAACACAUCCCACAUGAUAGCAUUAUGUGGGAUGGGCGGAGUGGGGAAGACCACAAUGAUGCAAAGGCUCAAGAAGGUUGCAAAAGAAAAUAGACUAUUCAAUUAUAUGGUUGAGGCAGUUAUAGGGGAAAAGACGGACCCAAUUGCUAUUCAACAAGCUGUAGCAGAUUACCUUGGUGUAGAAUUAAAAGAAAGCAGUAAACCGGCAAGAGCUGAUAAGCUUCGUGAAUGGUUCAAGGCCAACUCUAAAGAAGGCAAGAAUAAGUUCCUUGUAACAAUUGAUGAUGUUUGGCAGGCCGUUGAUUUGGAAGAUAUUGGUUUAAGUCCUUUUCCGAAUCAAGGUGUCGACUUCAAGGUUUUGUUGACUUCACGAGACGAACAUGUUUGCACAGUGAUGGGGGUUGAAGCUAAUUCAAUUCUUAAUGUGGGACUUCUAAUAGAAGCAGAAGCACAAAGUUUGUUCCAGCAAUUUGUAGAAACUUCUGAUCCCGAGCUCCAUAAGAUAGGAGAGGAUAUCGUAAGGAAGUGUUGCGGUCUACCUAUUGCCAUCAAAACCAUGGCAUGUACUCUUAGAAACAAAAGAAAGGAUGCAUGGCAGGAUGCACUUUCACGUAUAGAGCACUAUGACAUUCGUAAUGUUGCGCCUAAAGUCUUUGAAACGAGCUACCACAAUCUCCAAGAUGAGGAGGCUAAAUCCAUUUUUUUAAUGUGUGGUUUGUUUCCUGAAGACUUCAAUAUUCCUACCGAGGAGUUGAUGAGGUACGGAUGGGGCUUAAAGAUAUUUGAUAGAGUUUAUACGAUUAGAGAAGCAAGAAACAGGCUCAACACCUGCAUUGAGCGACUAGUGCAAACAAAUUUGUUAAUUGAAAGUGAUGAUGAUGUGCACGUCAAGAUGCACGAUCUGGUCCGUGCUUUUGUUUUGGGUAUGUAUUCAGAAGUAGAGCAUGCUUCAAUUGUCAAUCAUGGUAAUAUUCCUGGGUGGACUGAAAAUGAUUUGACUGACUCUUGCAAAACAAUGUCAUUAACAUGCAAGAGUAUGCAUGAGUUUCCAGGAGACCUGAAGUUUCCAAACCUAACGAUUUUGAAACUUAUGCAUGGAGAUAAGUUGCUAAGGUUUCCUCAAGACUUUUAUGAAGGAAUGGAAAAGCUUCGGGUUAUAUCAUACGAUGAAAUGAAGAAUCCAUUGCUUCCCUCAUUACCUCAAUGCUCCACUAACCUUCGAGUGCUUCAUCUCCAUGAUUGUUCAUUAAGGAUGUUUGAUUUCUCUUGUAUUGGAAAUAUGUUAAAUCUGGAAGUGCUCAGCUUUGUUGGUUCUAGCAUUCAAAGGUUACCUUCUACAUACGGAAAUUUGAAGAAGCUAAGGCUACUUUAUAUUAGACAUUGUUAUGAUCUUCGUAUAGAACAGGGUGUCUUGAAAAAUUUGGUCAAACUUGAAGAACUUUAUAUUGGAAAUGUGUCUAGGUGGGUUAUAGAUGAUAAUUGCAAGGAGAUGGCAGAGCUUUCAAACAGCCUCUCUGCGUUAGAAUUCGAGUUCUUCAAUAACAAAGCUCAAGUGAAGUAUAUGUCAUUUCAAAAUCUUGACCGAUUCAAGAUCUCAGUAAGGCGCUCUUUAGAUGAAAAUAUCGAGGUGCUUUGUUUAAGUGUGGAUGGUAUGAAUGAUCUCGAAGAUGUUGAGGUGAAGUCAACACAUCCUCAAUCCUCUUCUUUCUAUAAUUUAAAAGUCCUUGUCGUUUCUGAGUGUGCAGGGUUGACAUACCUUUUCAAACUUAGCGUUGCAAAUACUCUGUCAAAGCUUGAGCAUCUGGAAGUUUACAAAUGCGAUAAUAUGGAAGAACUCGUACAUAAUGGGACUAGGGGUAGUGAAAAAGAGACGAUUACAUUCCCGAAACUGAAGUUUUUAUCUUUGAGUAGACUGCCAAAGCUAUUAGGUUUCACAUGCAUUUAUCCACAAAACAAGUUGGAAACAUCUAGUUUGUUGAAGGAAGAGGUUGUAAUUCCCAAGUUGGAGAUGUUUCAAAUUGAUGACAUGGAGAAUUUAAAGGAAGUAUGGCCAUGUGAAUUUAGUAGGAGUGAGAGAGUUAAGUUAAGAGAGAUUGAAGUGAGUAACUGUGAUAAGCUUGUGAAUCUGUUUCCCAACAAUCCCAUAUCACUGUUGUAUCAUCUUGAAGAGCUUAAAGUCGUGAAUUGUGGUUCCAUUGAAUCGUUAUUCAACAUCGACUUGGAUUGUGAUGGUGGAAUUAGAGAAGAAGAAGACAACAACAGUAGUUUAAGAAACAUCAAAGUGGAGAGUUCAGGGAAGCUAAGAGAGGUGUGGAGGAUAAAAGGUACAGUUAACUCUCAUCCCCUUGUUCGUGGCUUUCAAACUGUUGAAAGCAUAAUCAUUAAAAAAUGCAAGAGAUUUAGAAAUGUAUUCACACCUACCACCACCAAUUUUGAUCUCGAGGCACUUUUGGAUAUGGAUAUAAGGAGUUGCGGAGAAAACAGGGGAAAUAACGAGUUGGAAGUGAGUAGACAAGAGCAAGAGCAGGCUUAUAUUUCAUUAGAGGAAGAGACAUUACAAGAAGUCACUGAUACUAAUAUUUCUAAUGUUGUAUUCCCAUCCUGUCUCAUACACUCUUUUCAUAACCUUCGUAAACUUGAAUUGUUCAAUUAUGAAGGAGUGGAGGUGGUGUUUGAGAUAGAGAGUCCAACAAGUAGAGAAUUGGUAACAACUCACCAUAACCAACAACAACCUAUAUUUCCCAACCUCGAGGAAUUGGAUCUAAGUUUUAUGUGCAACAUGAGUCAAGUGUGGAAGUGCAACUGGAAUAAAUUCUUCAAUCUUCCAAAACAACAAUCUGAAUCCCCAUUCCACAACCUCACAGCCAUACAUAUUGGGUAUUGCAACAACAUCAAGUACUUGUUUUCGCCUCUCAUGGCAGAACGUCUUUCUAACUUAAAGAAAGUCUGGAUAACAGAGUGUGAUGGUAUUGAAGAAGUUGUUUCAAACAGAGAUGAUGAGGAUGAAGAAAUGACUACAUCUACAUCUACCCACACAACCACCAUCUUGUUCCCUCAUCUUGAUUCUCUCUUUCUAAAUAACCUGAAGAAUCUGAAGUGUAUUGGUGGAGGUGGUGCCAAGGAUGGGAGCAAUGAAGUAUCAUUCAACAAUACCACUACAACUACCACUUUUCUUGAUCACUUUAAGGUGUUAGUAAUACUCACGGCUGUAGGAAGUACAAGUACAGGUCCUGUCAUGAGAUCUAGAUCCCGGGGCGUAACAAAUUUGGUAUCAGAGCCACUCGUGAUGGCGACUCCUGCAGAAGAUUUGAUGAAAAAGUUGGAGGAAUUCAUGAUUCGACAGGAACAGAGCAAUAACGAGAUUAAAGGGGCGAUUGCAGACUUACAAGCUAAAUAUGUGUCCCUGGAAGAAGGUUUGUCAAAACAGACAAACUCUAAAAACAAAUCAGAAGCCAGCGUGGAGGAAGAAGGUGAACAACAAUUUGAAGACAGCAACGAACCCAACCAGGGUAGAGGCAAGGGUAUUAAUUUGGGCGCGCAAGAAGGAAGGGGAUUCAUAUCCUCAACGGGGGUAGGACGGGGACGAGGAGAGUUUAGGAUAAACCCUAACAACGCAGGGAAGGGGUUUGGAAUAAACCAUAACGGCACAGGGAAGGCACAUGAAUCAGAAUCAUGGAGGAGUACUUACCAACCGAAGUUCAAAUAUAAGUGGGAUCCUUUAAAAGGUGAAGCGUCAACACAUAAUCGAAAAGUUGAUCAAGAGCCUAUGUAUCAAAGGAGGACAGAACCAGAACAGGGGUUCAAAAUAUGGGACGAAACUGAUGAAGUCAAUGGGUAUAAAGCAACUAGGGUGCCGAAAUUUACAAAGAUGGAGUUUCCAACUUAUGAUGGCAAGGACGACCCCUUGGCUUGGCUACAGAAGUGCGAAGAUUUCUUUGAAGAACAACAAACUCCAACUGAAGCAUGGGUUCGUCAGGCAACAUUUGUUCUUCAAGGCAAGGCAAGCGACUGGUAUCGGAAUUUGAGGCGGAUGAAAGAACAGCCAACCUGGAACGAGUUUGUGGAGGAGUGCAAAAUUCGUUUUGGCCUCCGAUGA